CAUAUGAAACCCAAAGCAGGAAAAAUAAACAUGUUUACGGGUUCUGGUUACAACAACGACAAAGCACUGCCGUCAGGGUGAUUAAUAUAUUCUAAAGAACACCGGACAAAGAUGGCCCUCGAAGAAUUCUUUCAAUUUAUAGAGGAUGGAUACUUUGACCUCCAUAUGGAUUCUAUUAUUGUUGAAAACAUGUAUAGGGCUACCAAAGCUAUCGUUAAGUACAUUGUUGAUAAAAUCGGUGAACUUGAUCCUUAUUUGAAUGCUAAAGAGAUUGUAAGUGUUGGCAGCUUUGUAGAAAAGACAAAGAUUCGGUCUCCUAAUGAAUUUGACUUCAUGGCAUGUCUUGAUUUCCUCUCAAAUGAGGAUGUCAUCGAACUCGAGGCCAAAGAAGCUUGUGAACCAGGCUAUAUGAUAGCUUUUCUGAAGUCAAAACCUAAAGACAUGAUUCUAACAGCUAUGCAACUUUAUGGAGACGUCUGGUGUAUCCAUCCUGCUGGAUUAAGGGAACAAUACAACAAACGAUUACUCGAGGCUGUGAAAACCAUUAUAGGUUAUAGUGUUAUAACACCUCAUGGUGCCAUGUAUGUCCGUGGAUCACAGUAUCUUGCUUUGGAAUUAGAAUGGGUCAGAUUUAGCCAUGAAUACAAAGAAACAGAUGUUAACAAGGGUUUGUCAAAAGCAUAUAUUGAUUGCGAAAUCGCGCAUCACCUCAAAGUGGAUGUUGAUGUCAUGCCCGCUGUACGUGUAGAAAAUGCUUCUCUUGUAACAUCUCUACCUGGAUUUCCACACCAUAUGACAGAUGUCGUUGCAUCUAAGGGGUUUCAUUUAGUGUACAAGGCAUCAGGUCAUAAUUCCAACCACCCCUUCUUGCAGGCGUCAUUUGCCACAUCAGAGGUUGCACUGAUGCAAAAACUUCAUCCUGUUCACAAGCGAUGCUACAAAUUAUUAAAAUACCUUCUCACAGAUGGCACAAAUGUCAACCUCAGACACAAAAAUAUUACUCUUUCAUCAUACAUGUUCAAGACGGCUGUUCUGUUCCAUGAAUACGACUGCCUUUGCAGUGGUUUUCCUGACCUUGUCAGAUGUUGUUUAGACAUUAUUAAGUAUGUAAAGCUCAAGUUUGGUAACGGAAUCAUGCCAACUUUUUUCAUGAGAAAAAAGAAUAUUUGGGGACAAUCUUAUAGAAUCCCCGACCCGUAUCCUUGGGAACCUAGCAAACUUCCCGAUGAUUGUUGUGGAGGCGACUGGUGUAUCAUCAUGUGGAUGGAGAUAUGGCGCCAAGUGCUAAAUAAGGCCAUCCUUAUCUUUCAAGACGUAUGCACAUAUCACGACGCAACAAAAACUGCUGUUAGUCAUCCCAGCAUCAAAGGUCACGUAAGUCACCAAUAUCAUCAAUCCGCAGCAAGAAAGAACGAGAUGGGAAACGCAGAUCGAAGUCAAAAUAUCACUGUUUACAAAUCAGUUGCAGUAUUAGAAAACGCUAUCGACUCGCAGGACGAAACAAUCGAUGGGAAACAUUCUUCGGAAGGUACGUCUGAUACAAAAUCUUCACAGCAACCUGGAACUGACGUAUUACUUUACCAAAGAAAACCAAAUGAUAUCUUUGAUGAAGCCUUUCAGGAAUUGCGGAAAACAUUGCGUUUCUUUAGCAGUACUAUUCCGGGAACGGAAAUAGAUGAACUCCCAUGUUGUGCACCAAAACAAGAAAUUUGGAAACAUGUAGUCACAAAUUUCCACGAAUAUCAUGAGGUAAUAGAAAAAGCAUACAAGAAAAAGAUCAACAUUCCCAACAAAGAACCGCGCAAUUUGGAAGUAACGGAGAUCAUCUAUGACCGGGAAUCAUUUCACUAACAAUCACUAGGUGUACUAUUAUUUGUUUCUCCUAAAAGGUCAACGGUGACAUUUUGUCUAACAUUGUUGGCCUCUUGUGAAUACAAUGCAAAAGUUACUUCAGAGAAUGGUAUUGCUGAGUUGACUCUGCAGAUUUUUGUUACGUGACAUUUCUUCUUUUAUGAGGAGUUUGGUACACAUGAAAGCACCAAACACGUAUUACGAGUAUAGCAAUGGCUCUGUUGAUGAUUAUAUAAUGAUUCUUUGUUUAUAUUUUCAUGAAAAGACAUAGAAAAUUAGACAUUUUGUACUUGAAUGAGAGCUAGAGCUAAUUUCCUUAUUAUAGAUUAGGUUGACCUCAGCUUAUAUUGUUAAAAUAUGUUUUGCUAGACUAAUCAUCUGAAUAACGUUAGAGUAAAAUGAUAGAAUGAAUCAAAAUAUAAGCGUAGAGAACGUUCAAUACGGGAACAUGUGAACAAGUAUAAAUCAAAGGCAUCGGUUGAUUUAAAAACCGCAAGAGCAAAGUACAUACCUGUUUAGGAUAUCCAUUAUCGAUUUCAAUAGAAUGUCAAAGAAAACAAAACAUUUUAUUCAAAAUGAUAAACAAUUUUUAAAUUACAGGUAAAGUAUAUUACUACAGACACUAUACAGAUACUAGAUGUAAUUGAAAUUUUAGUUUAGAAGCACUCCAUAUCAAUUCACAAUCGUCUUACAUUGAGUUUUAAGUUUCUGUAAUAAACUGUGUUGAAUAAUACUAGCACGUGGAAUCAAAUGCUACCCUAAAUGUCCAAAUAAAUAUCAUGUCUUAUGAUAUUAUAACAAUCACAGAAUUCCGUGCCUUCAGAUGUGUUGACUUUUUGUUUAUUGCUUCGUAUAAAAAUACUUGUUGUUUAUAGUAUCAUUUAACACAUCAUGACAGCUGAGAUCGAUAUUUCUCUUACCCUGGACAGGGAUAUUCGCAGUUUUACCGGAGUGAAAUUUUCUUAUCUCACCCUAGGGAAAAGACAAGCUACA